UAAAAUUUAUAGAGAAACAAAGAAAGAAGUUUUGUGUGAUUACCAAACAUGGGAGUCUUGUCCUUCCUCACAGCCAUUUGCAUACUAAAUUUUCAUUCAUUGGCAACACUUGCAAAUGAUAAUCCUGAAAAAAACAGUUUCGAAACUUAUAUCGUUCAUGUUGAAGCAUCCGAUGGCCAAAUUUUUACUCAAUCUGAAGAUCUAGACAGUUGGUAUCAUUCAUUUUUGCCAACAACCACGUCUAGCUCAGGUGAGGCACCAGAGAUUAUUUAUUCGUACCACUCUGUGUUCAAAGGUUUUGCUGUUAGAUUAUCACCAGACAACGUGAAAGCCCUGGAAAAGAAGGAAGGUUUCAUUUCAGCGCGUCCUGAAGAAAAAUAUUCUUUGCACACGACCCACAGUCCCAAUUUCUUGGGGUUAAACCAAAAUAUGGGAUUUUGGAAAGACUCCAAUUAUGGUAAAGGUGUGAUCAUUGGUGUAAUAGACUCUGGAAUCUUCCCCGACCACCCUUCGUUUAGUGAUGAAGGGAUGCCACCUCCACCUGCAAAAUGGAAGGGAAAGUGUGAUUUCAAUUUUACUGCUUGUAAUAACAAACUCAUUGGAGCUAGGACUUUCAUCAGAGGAGACACAACGCCACUAGAUGAUGAUGGCCAUGGCACACACACCGCAAGUACCGCUGCUGGAAACUUUGUGAAUGGUGCCAAUGUGUUGGGCAAUGCUAAUGGGACUGCAGCAGGUAUUGCUCCACUUGCUCAUUUGGCCAUUUACAAAGUUUGCUCUUUUUUCUGUUCCGAAAGUGCUGUACUUGCUGCAAUGGACGCUGCUGUUGAAGAUGGCGUUGAUGUCCUUUCCCUUUCUCUUGGUAGAUUGUCCAUCAAUUUCUAUGGAGAUACCAUUGCACUAGGCGCAUUUAGUGCAAUGGAAAGAGGGAUCCUGGUUAGUUGUUCGGCAGGAAAUAGUGGUCCAUCUAACUUUUCUUUAUCAAAUGAGGCUCCAUGGAUUCUCACAGUUGGUGCCAGUACCAUUGACAGGAAAAUAAGGGCAACGGCCCUUCUUGGAAACAACGAAGAGUUCCAUGGCGAGUCAGCUUUUCAGCCAAAUGAUUUCCCUUCAAAACUCCUACCUCUGGUUUAUCCUGCAAUGCUUAAUGCCAGUGAUUCUGGUUUACGAAUAUGUAGUGCAAGCUCUUUGAACAAAACCGACAUCAGAGGAAAAAUAGUGUUAUGUGAGUUAAGUGCAGGGAUAAGCAGAAUUUCCACAGGAAUAGCAGUGAAGAAUGCUGGGGGUGCCGCCAUGAUUCUUGUAAACUUUGAUAGUUAUGCAAACAUGACUUUUUCAGAAGCUCAUGUCCUUCCAGCAACGCACGUCAGUUAUACCGAUGGACUAAAAAUCAAAAUGUUCAUAAAUUCAACAUCAGCUCCUAAUGCAACAAUUUUAUUUAAAGGAACUAUAAUUGGUGAUGAUCGAGCCCCUGUGGUUGCUGCAUUUUCUUCCCGAGGCCCAAACUGGGCAAGCCGUGGAAUCCUAAAGCCCGACAUUUUAGGUCCAGGAGUUAACAUCCUUGCAGCCUGGCCUGUCUCCGUAGAAAACAACACGAAUACAAAAUCAACAUUCAACAUAAUCUCAGGCACUUCAAUGUCCUGUCCACACCUUAGUGGCGCUGCAGCAUUGCUCAAAAGCGCUCACCCAGAUUGGUCCCCUGCUGCCAUUAAAUCUGCAAUUAUGACUACUGCUGAUGUUGUAAAUCUAGCCCUAGAUCCAAUUGAGGACGAAAAAUUCCUUCCUGCUAAUAUCUUUGCCACAGGAGCAGGCCACGUCAACCCUUCUAGAGCAAGUGAUCCAGGACUGGUUUAUGACAUCCAACCCGUAGAUUACAUUCCAUACCUGUGUGGACUGAAUUACACAAACCGACAAGUUGGGGUCAUCUUACAGCGCAAGGUGAAUUGCUCGAAUGAAUCAAGCAUACCAGAAGAACAGCUGAACUAUCCUGCAUUUGCUAUUACUUUUACUCGUUUAUCGUCUUCUCAAACUUAUACAAGGACAAUAACAAAUGUUGGCGAGCCUAUGUCCUCUUACAGUCUAGAGAUUGUGCCACCACCUGGGAUUGAUGUACGUGUUGAGCCCAGCUUGCUCAACUUCUCAGAACUGAAUCAGAAGACCACAUAUGAAGUGACAUUCAGCCGAUUGCCCUCUGCUCCAAACAGUACUGUUGUUCAAGGUUUCCUCAAAUGGACUUCACAAAAGCAUUCUGUAAGGAGUCCUAUAGCAGUUUCAUUGAGGUGAAACGCCAGAAAGAAUCUCAAGCAAAUUCAAAUUUAUACACCAAAAUAACUUGCUAUCAUGAUUUGUGAUGUUAAUAAUCAAAACUAUUACAGUUUUAGACACACUGUAAUAAGUUGUUGUUGUGAUUUAUUUGUUUUUCCUUUUAAUUUAAUUUUAUACAUGCUUUUGUUGGAAGCGUGUUACCAAAUUGAUGUAUUGUUGGCAAUUUAAUCAACUAGUAGAGAA